AAGCAGAGAGAGAGAGAGAGAGAGAGAGAGAGAGAGAGAGAGAUUCUGGAGCUCGAUUAUCGAAUCGCACUGUCCAGACCUCAUUCUGUCUUGGGUCUUGCGCCGUUCAAUCUGCUUGGGAGAAUUGAAGCACAAUGACGGGUACCUAUCUAGGGAAAGGUGCUCCUUUAAACGGGACUGUCUAUGUGUGUAAUUUGCCGGAGGGAACCGAUGAGAACAUGCUGGCUGAACACUUUGGAACUAUCGGGUUGCUUAAGAAAGACAAGCGUACAGGUCGUCCAAAGAUUUGGUUCUACAGAGACAAGGAGACAAAUGAACCCAAGGGAGAUGCUACUGUUACAUACGAGGAUCCUCACGCCGCAUCAGCUGCUGUUGAAUGGUUCAACAACAAGGAGUUCCAUGGAAGUAUUAUCGGAGUUCAUAUAGCAGAUACUAAAAGCAAAGAUAGUAAUGAUGCUGGUAAUUUUGGUGACGCGGAGGACAUCACCAAGGAUGCAAAUGGCGAUAUGGGAACAGGUAGAGGUCGGGGAGAUGUUGCAGGGAAGGCAUGGAAACAAGAGGGAGAUUGGUUGUGCCCGAAUACAAGCUGUUCCAAUGUAAAUUUUGCAUUCCGUGGUGUCUGCAACCGAUGUGGAAGUGCUCGGCCUGCUGGUGCCUCAGGUGGUGCUUCACGGGGUGCAGGUCGUGGAAAAGGGCGUGGUGCGAACGAUUCUGCAGGCACUGGUCGUCCAGUUGGUGCUCCUACUGGACUUUUUGGUCCAAAUGAUUGGCCCUGUCCAAUGUGUGGCAAUAUAAACUGGGCAAAGCGUACAAAAUGCAACAUUUGCAACACCAAUAAACCUGGUACUAGCGAGGGUGGUGUAAGGGGUGGACGUGGGGGAGGUUACAAGGAACUUGAUGAAGAGGAACUCGAGGAAACAAAGCGAAGGCGGAAGGAGGCCGAAGAGGAUGACGGCGAGAUGUAUGACGAGUUUGGCAAUCUCAAGAAGAAGUUUCGUGCUAAAACACAACAAGCAGAAGCUGCACAAGGGAUUCCUGGUGCUGGGCGUGCAGGUUGGAAGGUCGAAGAGCUAGUUGUGGCUGAUAGAGAUGGAAGAGAGAGGAGCAGAGAUAGAGGAAGGGAGUGGGAUGACCGGGACAGUGGCAAGAAAAGAGAACGUGAUCAUAGAGACAGACCGCGUAGCCGUAGUAGAGAGAGGGAUCGUGCAAGAGACAGAGACUACAAUCCCUACGAUAAAGAGAGAGAAUAUGGGCGGGACAGGGAUCGAAGCAGAUACCGCCACUGAGUGCAGAGAUGAAGUUUCUGGGCAAUUUUUGCUAGAGAAUUAAUUGUCUUGACUGGGGUCUUAUUUCAAACUUAGAACCUGAACUAGCUGGAUCGUCUUUUUUUCUUUUGUUUUCCUUUCCUCUUUAUUUAAUUUCUAAAGGGUCUUGUUAUAGGAAGAUUCGACUCUCACUUCUUCACCAUGGAGUAAUUCAGUUCGCAUUGUCCGGAGAUCUCAUGAAACUUGGGUGGCUUGGUUUUGAACUGUCUCAUACGAUUACUCCAGUUU